CUCUUCUCCCUUGGGGGACGGUACUGUCAUGGCGGAGACGAGCAGCAGCUGCCGUAGGAGGUGAAUCAGGAAGCGAAAGGAGAUUGAACUGAAGACCGCCUGAAUGACACGAGUAACAGAAACAAGAACAGCAGUACUUGAUAUUCGCGCACGUUGGGCGGGAAAGACUCGUUUCUCUGUUGUCUGAAUAAGGAUUUUGAGCGUCUCACUGGAGUGUCUACGCUGUUGGUUCCUGCUGCGUUUUGUAGUUUUCUACAGACCCCUUCCCGCGGGGUUCAGGUACCUGCCUGGCAUUUGAGGGCUGUAUUUCGGAGGAACGACGAAACUACACCGGCUUGGCUAUCUGCCCUCUUUGGUUGGCCUUCCCUUUUUAUUUGCUAUUAUAUAAAAGAGCUCACCUCGUUGAGCACUUAUUGUUAAGAGAAACCGAAACACCAGAAACUAACUUGAGGGUCUGUCCUUACAACUUUCUCCUCGCUUGGCACUACAUCUUAAGUUUCACCUGCUGACUGUCACCCGGGAUAACUAAUUCCCUUUGGUAAUCUGCCUCUAGAGUGACGACGACUCCAAGCUAGUAGCCAUAUCUUCCCGUAUAACGCCGGCGUGAAGGAUCGGGCUGGAAUUCUGCAUUGGAUGGCGAGUGAAGAACGGCAGCAUCAUCGUCUACAGCUUGGAAUUGUUUCUUAGUCAACGUUACAACAAAAUCUUUUCUCCGCCGUCAAAAGUUUGCUUGACACUUUCUUUUUAUUGAUCGAAAGCUUCAGCGCAGGUGUGGAGCGAUCCCGCUGCCUGGAAAAAUGGCCAGCGAGGAGAAUAAUGGUGAAGGGGGCACCACGUCCAUGUCGCUGAACCCAGGGAUCCCUAUUAGGGGAAUAAGGAUGAAGUUCGCUGUGUUGGCCGGGUUAGUGGAGGUCGGAGAGGUCACACACAGGGACAUCGUUGAGACAGUCUUCAAUCUGCUUGUUGGCGGGCAGUUUGACCUAGAAAUGAAUUUCAUCAUUCAAGAGACUGAAAGUAUCUCUUGUAUGGUAGAGCUGUUGGAUAAGUGUGAAAAGAACUGUCAAGCUGAAGUGUGGAGCAUCUUUACUGCCAUUCUGAAGAAAAGCAUUCGCAAUCUUCAAGCCUGUACAGAUACAGGUCUCAUUGAGCAAGUUCUGAAAAGGAUUGACAAAGUUGACAGUAUGAUUGCAGAUCUCCUUGUUGAUAUGCUGGGAGUCUUGGCAAGCUACAGUAUCACUGUUCGUGAGCUUAAACUGUUUUUCAGCAAACUGCAGGGAGAGAAAGGACAUUGGCCUCCGCAUGCUGUGAAGUUGCUUUCUGUGUUGAAGCAUAUGCCACACAAAAAUGGCCCUGAUUCAUUUUUCAGCUUUCCUGGGAGGAGUGCUGCAGCUAUAGCUUUACCUCCCAUUGCCAAAUGGCCAUACCAAAAUGGAUUCACUUUCCACACGUGGCUGCGAAUGGAUCCUGUUAGCAAUAUCAAUGUAGAUAAGGAUAAACCUUAUUUAUACUGUUUCCGGACGAGUAAAGGACUUGGAUACUCUGCACAUUUUGUUGGAGGAUGUCUAAUUGUGACCUCAUUAAAAUCUAAAGGGAAAGGAUUCCAGCACUGUGUUAAGUUUGACUUCAAGCCCCAAAAGUGGUACAUGGUGACUAUCGUACAUAUCUACAACCGGUGGAAGAAUAGUGAAAUAAGCUGCUAUGUGAAUGGGGAGCUUGCCUCAUAUGGUGAAAUCACAUGGUUUGUCAACACAAGUGAUACAUUCGACAAAUGUUUCCUGGGAUCAUCUGAGACUGCUGACGCUAACCGAGUGUUUUGUGGUCAAAUGGGCGCUGUCUACCUCUUCAGUGAAGCACUCAACGCAGCUCAGAUUUUGGCCAUUUAUCAGCUGGGUCCAGGCUACAAGGGUACCUUUAAAUAUAAGGCAGAAAGUGACCUACUUUUUGCUGAGCAUCAUAAACUUUUGCUGUAUGAGGGAAAGCUGUCUAACUGCAUUGCGUUCACAUAUAACCCACGAGCUACAGAUGCCCAGCUCUGCCUCGAGUCUUCUCCCAAAGACAAUCCAUCUAUCUUUGUACAUUCACCUCAUGCUCUAAUGCUGCAGAAUGUAAAAGCCGAAGUGACGCAUUCUGUGCCAAGUGCUAUUCAUUCCAUCGGAGGGGUACAGGUACUGUUUCCACUGUUUGCACAACUUGAUUUUCUCCAGCAUUCUUCUGACCAACUAGAUACCACAGUAUGUUCCACUCUGCUGGCUUUUGUCAUGGAGCUACUGAAGAGCUCUGUUGCUAUGCAAGAGCAGGUCCUAGCUUGCAAGGGCUUUCUUGUGAUUGGCUAUUGCCUGGAAAAGUCUUCCAAGGCCCAUAUCACCAGGGCUGUGCUGGAGCUGUUCCUUGCUUUUGCCAGAUACCUCAGCAACCUACAGAAUGGUGUCCACCUGCUCAAACAGCUCUGUGAUCACAUUCUUUUCAAUCCUGCUAUCUGGAUUCAUGCUCCAGCUAAGGUGCAACUACAGCUGUAUACCUACUUAUCUACUGAAUUUAUCAGCACUGUUACUAUAUAUAAUGCAAUCCGCAGAGUUGGAACAGUGCUGCAAGUAAUGCAUACACUGAAAUAUUACUACUGGGUAGUAAAUCCCCAAGAUCGUAGUGGUGUUAUUCCAAAAGGCCUGGAUGGUCCCAGACCAAACCAGAAGGAAAUACUUUCUCUGAGAGCAUUCCUCUUGCUGUUUAUAAAGCAGUUAAUAAUGAAGGACUAUGGAGUGAAAGAAGAUGAGUUGCAGAGUAUUCUCAGCUAUUUGCUGACAAUGCAUGAGGAUGACAAUUUAAUCGAUGUGCUUCAGCUGUUAGUGGCACUGAUGUCGGAACAACCAAGCACUAUGAUCCCUGCCUUUGAUCAACGCAAUGGAAUCCGUGUUGUGUAUAAGUUACUUGCUUCAAAAAGUGAGAGCAUUCGAGUACAAGCAUUGAAAGUGUUGGGUUACUUUCUGAAGCACUUGGGGCCCAAAAGAAAAGCAGAAGUUAUGCUUGGUCAUGGGUUGUUUUCAUUGUUGUCUGAACGGCUCAUGCUGCAGACCAACAUUAUCUCAAUGACUACAUAUAAUGUGCUCUUUGAGAUUCUUACUGAGCAGAUUUGCACUCAGGUUAUACAUAAACAACAUCCUGAUCCUGACUCUUCAGUAAAGAUUCAAAAUCCACAAGUUUUGAAGGUCAUUGCAGCACUUCUGAAGAAUUCUCCACAAGGGCCAGAGAGUAUGGAGGUUCGACGAGUCUUUUUGUCAGACAUGAUCAAGCUUUUCAACAACAGUCGCGACAAUCGAAGGAGUUUGUUGCAGUGCUCAGUAUGGCAAGAAUGGAUGCUGUCUCUUAGCUUCAUUAACCCCAAGAACUCAGAGGAGCAAAAGAUAACAGAAAUGGUGUAUGCAAUCUUCCGAAUUCUGUUAUACCAUGCAGUCAAGUAUGAGUGGGGAGGCUGGCGUGUCUGGGUGGAUACACUUUCAAUCACUCACUCCAAGGUUACUUUUGAACAGCACAAAGAUAGCCUUUCAAAGCUUUUCAGAGAAUACCAAAGACAAGGUGAUGAAGCAUCUGUGCUUGGAGCCAGUGGUCUGAUUAGAACUGUGUCUGGUUUGAGCAGCAAUGCAGAAGAUGUAACAGCACAUGGAGAAGAGGAGAAAAAAAGCCUUGCAGGUUCCUCAGAGGACACAGAGUCUCAACAUAUAACUGAAGUGCCUUCCUUAUUAAAAGAAAUACCAUCCAAAGAAAAUGGUUUAUUGGUUUCAGACUGUGAUCCAAAACCUGUAGAUGAAAAAUUGGAUGUGCUGCCUUCAUCUCCUGUGGCUUCUGAUGGUGAGAACCUCUCAACACAAGAAAAGUGUCUGGAACCAACGGACGUUCCUGUUUUAUCACCGGUUGAAUCCUUAGAAGUGAACGUUGACUCUGCACAGCUUGAAAAUGAGUUGCCUGUACCCGCUUUGGAGCAAUCUGCAUCUAAUAGCUCUGGAAACUCUGAAGACAACAUUUUGGAGAAAAACUCUGAAGAUGGUUAUAUGUCAACGGAGAACAAAGUUAAUGGGGAAUCUCUACCAUCAGCUGUAGUAGAAGUGGUCAAAGAAGGCCCCUUGGAAAGUGCAUCACCACCUCCUGCAGAAAAAAAUUCAGAUAGAGAGCAAGUGUCUGAAAAAGAAGCAGACCCAGUGAGUCUUAGUGAUACAGUAAAUACAACAAAAGAGAAUACAAAUGAUGAAGUUAAACCUUCAGAUGAAACACCAAAAGAAAGGGUUGAAAUAAAUAACAUUAUUACGUCAAGGACCAAAGAGAUAAAAAUCGCAAGGCUUGAUGUUUCCAGUGUUGCAUCAGAUACAGAGAGGCUUGAACUGAAAGCUAGUUCAAGUCAAGAUCCAUCAUCUCCAACUGGACCUGGUUUAGGCCAGGCAGCACCCUCUAGUGUUAAUAGAAAGGAUACAGCCGGCUCUUCUGCAAGGUCAACAAUGUUUCGAAUUCCAGAGUUCUGCUGGUCUCAUAUGCACCAGCGACUGCUAACUGAUCUGCUGUUUUCAAUUGAGACUGAUGUGCAGAUGUGGAGAAGCCACUCCACAAAAACCAUUAUGGACUUUGUGAACAGCAGUGAAAAUGUUAUCUUUGUGCAUAACACUGUCCACUUGGUCUCACAAGUUGUGGACAAUAUUAUCAUGGCCAGUGGUGGAAUAUUACCCCUUCUUGCUGCUGCCACCUCAUCAACUCAUGAAUUAGAAAACAUUGAGCCAUCUCAUGGCCUUUCCAUUGAAGCUUCUGUUACUUUCCUCCAGAGGCUGAUUAGCCUUGUAGAUGUGCUGAUAUUUGCUAGCUCGCUAAGCUUUACAGAGAUUGAGUCCGAAAAGAACAUUUCUUCUGGAGGAAUUCUGAGGCAGUGCCUAAGAUUAGUGUGUGCUAUGGCUGUAAGAAAUUGUUUGGAAUGCCAACAUCACUCAAAGCCUGGAGCAGAUAUUGGCAGGGGACAAAAAACUGUGCAGAACUUAAUGAUAACUGCAAAAUCAACCUCUGCACAGAGUCCAGUUGACGUUGUGACAGGUGGUAUUUCCCCUGUAAGGGACACAGACCGAUUACUCCAGGACAUGGACAUUAACCGCCUUCGAGCUGUGGUCUUCAGAGAUAUUGAGGACAGCAAGCAGGCUCAGUUUCUAGCUUUGGCAGUGGUAUAUUUCAUUUCAGUGCUCAUGGUUUCAAAGUACAGGGACAUCUUAGAACCUCAAAACGAGAGGAAAGCACCACAACGCAGCCAGUCCGUUAGAAAUUCCCAGUUCAAAAAUGACGAUGCAUCAUCUGCAGUGUCUCAAUUUAAAGAUGACAUUGCAAAACCAGAUGUGGAAGUUACUGCUGAAGUUGAUGCAAGCUUAGAAAAUGGUGCUGAUUUAAGGAGGACAGAUUCUGGUAUAGAAGAAGGGCAGGCUUCCACUGCAACUAGUGAAAUUGAUGGUAAUGUUGGAUCUGGGGUUGAACCUGUGAUCACAGGACCUGAUGCUAUCAGCGAGGUCUUGUCUACCCUUUCGUCUGAGGUCAAGAAGCCGCAGGAUGCACAAGAACAAGAGAACAAAUCCCUGCCAAUGGCGCCUGCCGCCGCUGCUGCCGCUGCCAGUCAGCCACGAAACGUGAAUGUUAAAGAUAUUCUUCGAAGUUUGGUCAGCAUGCCUGCAGAAGAAAUAGUGAUAGACCCUACGAUUAUUCCACCUGCAUUUCUUGGUGCUAUGGGGGAUGAUCCUGUCGAUCAGUCUUUACAGUUCAGAUCGUUUGACAGGAGUGUUGUUGUAGCUCCCAAGAAGACGAGUGGAGCACCUACCGGUACAGUAUCUGUGGCCACCAGUAUACCGGCAGCAGCCCCAGCUCCCAUUAGUACUGGACCUGUUAAUGAUGUCAGUGAGGUCUCGACUUCAGAGGCAUCUGAACACAUUACAGAAUCUGCGGCUGGAGGGGGACCAGCAAACCUACCAUAUGUUCCCUCAGUGUCCCCAAUGACAGAAGAUUCAGCUUCAAAUAUGAGUAUUUCUGAUAGACUGGAACAUGCUCUUGAGAAAGCAGCACCAUUGCUACGAGAGAUUUUUGUGGACUUUGCACCAUUUCUUUCUCGUACACUUCUAGGAAGCCAUGGGCAGGAACUACUUAUUGAAGGUACAAGUUUGGUCUGCAUGAAGUCCAGCAGUUCAGUUGUGGAGUUAGUCAUGCUGCUUUGUUCACAGGAGUGGCAGAACUCAAUCCAGAAGAAUGCUGGUUUGGCCUUUAUUGAACUCGUCAAUGAAGGAAGGUUGUUAAGCCAUACCAUGAAGGAUCACCUGGUAAGAGUUGCAAAUGAGGCGGAGUUCAUACUCAGCAGACAGAGGGCAGAAGAUAUUCACAAACAUGCUGAGUUUGAGUCUCACUGUGCCCAAUACUCAGCUGAAAAGAGAGAUGAAGAAAAAAUGUGUGACCACUUGAUUCGAGCUGCCAAAUACAGAGACCACGUCACAGCCACACAAUUGAUACAGAAGAUCAUCAACAUUUUGACUGACAAACAUGGAGCCUGGGGGAAUUCGUCUGUUAGUCGUCCUCGUGAGUUCUGGCGCCUUGACUACUGGGAAGAUGACUUGCGGCGCCGGCGACGUUUUGUUCGCAACCCGUUUGGAUCUACACAUCCUGGAGCUACGCUAAAGGCAGCUGGAGAGCAUGUGCUGACCAAAGCUGCUCCAGAUGAAGACGUCCUGGUGAAAGGGCAGCAGUCAAUCAGAAGCCAAGCUCUGGGAAAUCAGAACUCGGAGAGCGAGAUCCUGCUGGAUGUGGACGAUGACACCCUCUCGUCCAUUGAGGAGAAGGACCUGGAAAACCUUACGGGUCCCGUAAGCUUAAGCACUGUAGCUCAUCUGGUUUCUCCAGCAGUAGUAGUUAAGGGCACAUUGUCCAUCACAGCAUCUGAACUCUACUUCGAGGUGGAUGAAGAAGAAGAUAGCUUUAAGAAAAUCGAUCCAAAGAUUCUCACCUACACUGAAGGACUCCAUGGAAAAUGGCUCUUCACAGAGAUUCGUGCAAUCUUCUCAAGGCGCUAUUUGCUUCAGAAUUCUGCUUUGGAAAUAUUCAUGGCAAACAGAACUGCUGUCAUGUUCAAUUUUCCAGACCAGGCUACUGUCAAGAAAGUUGUUUACUGUCUGCCUCGUGUAGGCGUUGGAACGAAUUUUGGCUUACCGCAGACAAGACGGAUUUCAUUGGCAACCCCCAGGCAGCUGUAUAAAGCUUCUAACAUGACCCAGCGCUGGCAAAGAAGGGAGAUUUCAAACUUUGAAUACCUCAUGUUCCUCAACACUAUCUCUGGACGUACAUACAAUGACUUAAACCAGUACCCAGUUUUCCCAUGGGUUAUUACCAAUUAUGAUUCAGAAGAGCUGGAUUUGACACUCCCCAGCAAUUUCAGAGAUUUGUCCAAGCCAAUUGGAGCACUCAAUCCAAAGAGAGCAGCAUUUUUCUCUGAGCGCUUUGACACUUGGGAAGAUGAUCAAGUACCAAAGUUUCACUACGGCACCCAUUACUCAACUUCCAGCUUCACACUUAUGUGGCUUUUAAGAGUUGAGCCGUUCACAACAUUUUUCCUAAAUUUGCAAGGAGGAAAGUUUGACCAUGCGGAUAGAACCUUUUCUUCUGUGUCAAGGGCUUGGCGUAACUGCCAGAGAGACACUUCUGAUGUGAAGGAACUAAUCCCAGAAUUUUAUUAUCUUCCGGAGAUGUUUGUCAACUCUAAUGACUACAGUCUGGGAGUGAUGGAUGAUGGAACGGUGGUGUCUGAUGUCGAACUUCCACCGUGGGCUAAAACCCCAGAAGAAUUUGUUCGCAUAAAUCGGCUGGCCCUAGAAAGUGAAUUUGUCUCCUGCCAGCUUCAUCAGUGGAUUGAUUUAAUUUUUGGAUAUAAGCAGCAAGGACCAGAGGCCAUCCGGGCCCUCAAUGUCUUCUACUAUCUCACCUAUGAAGGGGCAGUGAACCUGAGCUCAAUUUCUGAACCUGUUCUCAGGGAGGCUGUUGAAGCUCAGAUUCGAAGUUUUGGACAAACCCCUUGUCAGCUGCUAAUAGAGCCACAUCCCCCCAGGAGUUCUGCCAUGCAGGUGUAUCUCCUCCUGCAGACGCCGAUGAUGUUCACUGAGCAGAUGCAGCAGGACGUUAUCAUGGUGCUCAAGUUCCCAUCCAACUCCCCCGUGGCUCAUGUGGCUGCAAACACACAGCCUGGACUAACAGGACCUGCUGUCAUCACCGUCACAGCUAACAGGCUCUUCGCAGUGAACAAGUGGCACGGGCUCAGUGGCCAUCAAGGCACAGUCCAGGACCAGCCCUACCAGCUGCCGGUGGAAAUCGAUCCUUUGAUAGCCUCCAAUGCCAACAUGCACAGAAGGCAAAUCACUGACCUUUUGGACCAAAGCAUUCAGAUCCAUUCCCAAUGUUUUGUGAUCACAGCUGACAACCGAUUCAUCCUGGUCUGUGGCUUCUGGGAUAAGAGUUUCCGUGUCUAUUCCACUGACUCAGGUAAACUGACUCAGAUAGUGUUUGGGCAUCGAGAUGUGGUGACGUGCCUGGCCAGGUCUGAAUCGUACAUUGGCGGAGACUGCUACAUCCUCUCGGGAUCCCGGGAUGCCACACUGCUUCUCUGGUAUUGGAACGGCAAGCACAAUGGCAUAGGUGAAAACCCAGGCACUGAAUUCACAACACCACGGACCAUACUGACUGGACAUGACUGUGAGAUCACAUGUGCAACGGUGUGUGCAGAACUGGGCCUGGUCAUCAGUGGCUCCAAAGAGGGUCCCUGUUUGAUACAUUCCAUGAAUGGAGACCUGUUGCGUACCCUGGAAAGUCCAGAAAACUACAUGCAGCCACGUCUUGUCCAGUGCUCGACUGAAGGACACUGUUUGGUCUACUAUGAAAAGGGAUCGUUCUGCAUGUUCAGUAUAAACGGAAAACUGUUGGGUCACAUGGAAGUGGAAGAGAAUAUCAAGGCAAUACUGAUGAGCCGAGAUGGACAAUACCUGCUGUCAGGAGGCGAUGCUGGAGUGCUGACGAUUUGGCAGAUCCACGAUCUCAAGCAGCUCUUUGUAUACCCAGGUUGUGACGCUGGGAUCAGAUCAAUGGCAAUGUCACAUGACCAAAGGUGCAUCAUAACUGGCAUGGCGUCUGGGAGCAUUGUACUGUUUUACAACGAUUUUAACCGAUGGCAUCACGAGUAUCAGACGAGAUACUGAAGAUCCCAGCUGAUAGGAUUGCUGUGUGAAUGGUGGCGGAGCGUCUCACCAUUUGUUCUAAAAAGGCACUACUUUAUUCUUUUGUUAUAUACUGAAAGACAGAAAAAAAAAACACAAUGCAGUUCUGAAUGUAGCUUAAAUACUGGCAAAAAAGCAACUAUUUUUAAAUAGUCACUGCUAUAUUUUGUAGAUCCUUAUAAAUUUCAUAUAUAAUAAAUCUUUGGGGUGGGUUCUAUAGUUAUGAAAAAAGCAAAAUCUAUUUUUAGUGGUAAAAGUCUAUUUUUCAUCGCUGUGCAAAGGGGGAAAUAUUAACAGGGUGAAACUGUCAUUAGUUAGGUAAUUUUAUUUACAUCGAUGGUCUUAAGAUGUGCUCGUCUGCUUUGUUACUGGGGAGAGGAAGAGGAUUUGGGUUACACAAGAAUUCUUGUGCUUAGCCACUCGGUUUCCGAGUAUUUGUGGCAUCCUGUAGUG